AUGAUUCAAUUUGAUCAAUUCAAAAUCAAUUCAUAUUGUUUUUUUCCAGUUUUUAUAAAAAAUUUUAAAUAUGAAUCAAAAGCAUUUAAAGCACAAUUAUCUAUUUUUUAUAUACGGGUUUUACAUUUCAAAACAAAAACAUUAUUUUAUGUAAAAAAAGAGAUAGAAAAUAUUAAUUUUCAAAAAAACCAAAUCAAAAGUCCUUAUUUUUCAACAUUUGAAGAAUGUCAUAUUCAUCCUUCAAUUGUUAAAGCAUUAAAGUUAGCUUUUCCACAUAUUUCUACACCUACAACUGUUCAAUCAAAAAUAUUCUCUGCUCUUACUUCAAAAUCACCUUUACUUAUUCGCAGCUGGACUGGAACUGGCAAAUCAUUUGCUCUUUCUUUAUAUGCCUUAAAUUGUUCACGCUCUAUUUUUAAAGAAAAUUCUAAUGCACCUACUUUAACAACUAUUAUUUUAGUACCAAACAAUGAUCUAGCAUAUCAAUAUAAACAAUGGAUUGAAAAUAUUUUAAAAAACUAUGAAAAACCUGUUGAGCAUAAUGAAAAUAUUAUCCAAGUUUUAACAAGGAAUAAUUUUGACGAGAAUCUUCAAAUUGAAAAAUUAAAGCAAUUCCCAAAUCCUCAUAUUUUAGUUGCUACACCAAAUAGAUUAUUAGAUAUAUUAUCAGACUUAAGAGAAAGUUAUAAAAAUUAUAUAGAUUUUAAAAAUUUUCAAUCUAUUAUUAUUGAUGAAGCAGACUAUCUUCUUGACACAUCAAAAUGUUAUUCAGUAAAAAAAUCUAUGCAAAAUCGACAUCAUUUUUCUCCUGGAUAUAUCUUAUUAGAAUAUAUUAUAACAUUGAGAAACAAAAUGUCUAAAACUAAAGCAGAGUUUCUUGCUGAUAAUUAUCAACUUAUUUGUUCAUCUGCUACUAUUAAUAAAAGACUUAAACAGCUAAUUUAUUCUAAAAAUUGGAAUAGAUAUCAAGUUAUUUCUUCAAUAAACAUGACUGAUAAUCAUGCAAAAUCUGGCUCUUGGAUUCCAUCUAAAAUUAAACAUUAUGUAUUGAAAAUAAGUUUGAAAGAACAUGAUAAAAUUCAUAUUAUGGAUGCUAUAUUACCUCAAUUUGAAAAAGAUAACGUAUCAUGUAUUAAAAAAGUAAAAAAAAAUAAAGAGAAAAUAAAACUUUCAAAAAAUAUAUUUAUAAUUAAUAAUCCUAAAAAUAUUUCUAUCAAUCUUGAGGAUAUAAUCAUUUCUACUUUAAAUUAUUUAAUUAAACAUGAUAAUGUGAAAAAUGGAAUAAUUUUUAUAUCUCAUACUCUUUCAAGAAAGAAAUUCGUUGAAAGAUGUCAAGUUCACGGACUGUCAUAUGUUAUUGAAUUAAGAGAAAACGCAUUGGAAAAUAAAGUAAACCAAAAUAAAAUAUACGUAAUGAACUAUUUAUCUGCACGAGGUAUUGACUUACCAGGAUUAACUCAUGUAUACAUGAUAGGAAGAGUUGAUAGUGAUGUAAAAUAUAUCCAUAUGGCAGGAAGAAUUGGAAGAAUGGGGAAUUUUGGGAAAAUGAUUUCAAUUAUACCAUCAUCAUCAACAAAAUACGAAGAUGAUUAUUUUUCUAAGGAAACAGCGACAACUUUUAACAAAAUUGGUAUCAAAGCUGAAUUAUAUUUUACAGAAGCACAUGAUCACAGUAUAUCGAUUAAAAUUGUAUGUAUUUCAUAUAAUUUACACCAAUACUUUGAAAUACAUACCAAAAAAGAUAUAUAA